AUGGAACUCAUCAACACAAUGGUGUCAAUCAUAACUUCGGCGCUAGGGAGAUAUUCUUUGGUAUGGCUUGCUGUCCUGUACACUAUAUUGGUGGUCAUCUAUCGAUUGUGGUUCCACCCCUUGGCCAAAUAUCCAGGCCCUUUCUUUGCUAAGGUAUCAGGACUCUACAUCCUGAUUGCGGCAAUACAAUGUCGAGACACGUAUACGCGCUAUGGGCUGCACCGCAAGUAUGGCAAAGUGGUUCGAGUCGGCCCCAACGAGCUUUGCUACGCAGAUAUCGACUCAAUCAAAGACAUCUACGGUCAAAGCGCGGAGCCGUGCCUCAAGACCUCAUUCUAUAAUGGUUUCACGUUGACCGGAGCACACUCGGUAUUCUCCACGACCAAGCGCUACGAGCAUGCCCGUAUGCGACGACUAAUGUCCAAUGGAUUAUCAGAGCGAGGAGUCCUUCGCUUUCAAGAUGAUAUCAUUACUGUGAUUGAGCAAUUUCUAUCCAUUCUACACGACAGGUCCAAGGCACGGCCAGGCGAUGAAACUCCACCCGUUGAGCUACACGAUCUGAGCCAUGAUCUGUACCGAGAUAUAAUCAGUCUGCUCGGUUUCGGAAAAUCGUUUGAAAUCCUUGCAACCGGCAAAAGGAAUCAGGGCGCCGAGGACAUUGACACAUAUUUCUCUAUUUGCCCACUAUUUGGCAACUUUCCACUUGGGCGAUAUCUUCCUUUUGGAAUCUUCAAGCAGGCCUAUCAAGCACAAUCGCGAAUUAUUGAAUUUUCCAAAGCCCGUAUCGAUGACUAUCGACGACGCAUUGCAGAGGAAGAGCAGAGGAAGGAGGGCUCUGGAAAGACAGGACGACAUAUCAACACGACAUCAAAUGGUCUGCUUCGUAAUAUGUUGGAAGCAAAGGACGAGGAGACAGGUUCAGCAUUCACUGAUGAAGAGCUGAUUGAAAACACAGUGAUUUUCAUAGUCGCUGGCAGCGACACCACGGCGACGACCUUGCUGUACGUGAUAUACGAACUGUGCAAGCGACCCAAGAUGCAGAAACGGCUUGAGGAUGAAAUUCGAGGGGCAUUCCCGGACACGUCAAUUUUCCCUGACUACGAGAUUGUCACGAAGCUACCUUACCUCAAUACCGUGGUCCAAGAGACGUUGAGACUAAGAGGUCCGAUACCGACAACAUCACCAAGGGGUUCCCCAGGAAAAACCAUUGGGGAUGACUUUGUUCCGGCCGGGGUAACGAUCAGCAACCUUCCAUACAGCACUCAUCGUGACCCAGAGGUGUUUCCUGACCCUUUGUCGUUUGAACCUGAUCGGUGGGAGGAACCAACGGCUGAGAUGAAGGUCAUGCAUCGACCCUUUAGUUCGGGACCUCGAAACUGCGUAGGGCUGCAUCUGGCGCGAGUCCAGCUGUACCUGACCAUUGCGGCUUUCUACCAACGAUUCGACGUUACGCUGGAUCCUUCUACUACGGAUGAAAUGAUGGUCAUGAGAGACCAGGGGUUGAUGUCUCCUAUCGGGAAGAAACUCUGGGUCCGUCUCAAGGCUCGUGGUGGGUAG